AUGGCAGUGGGCUGUUCCAUUGGCACCUGGCUCUUCGUUGCAUCGCUUCUUCUGGGAUGCGGGGGUUUCACAAGCCUCGGUGGAAGCUACCUUGCCUUUCCAUGCCUUGUUCUGCUACCAAUGGCAGCCUUUUUCCUCGUCUUGAUCCUGGGACAGCAGCUCGCUGGAGCAUGCGGGUUUAAGUCAGCAUCCUUGUGGAUGGACAAGCUCUGCAUUCACCAAACAGACAUGGACGAGAAGGCAGAACAGCUCGAAGCCCUUCCCAUCUUCCUUACACGCUCAGAGCGCAUGCUCAUGCUUUGGGAUGACACAUACUUCGAGCGGUUAUGGUGCAAUCUGGAACUCGCAACAUUUGCACGGCAUCGUGGCACAGAGAAGGUGGAUGUAAUGCCCCUGUGGCUGGCGCCAUGGUUGAUAAGCUCGAUCCUGGCGGAUCUUCUUGGUGCCAGCAUCUUCAUGCUAGCUGGGCCGGUCUUCCCUACUUGGCCCGAGAUGUCAAAAGUCAUCAUGGAAAUGAGCGACCGCGCCCUUGGGCAUAACCCAGCCCUGGUAUCUUUUGCAACAUGGUCCAGCGUCUGGAUGUUGGCAAGCAUCUUUUAUGUCCCGGCGAUUAUACCCUGCCUCUUCUCUUUCCGCACGAAACUCCAGAUUCACCGACACAUGUUGGACCAGAUGGCAAGUUUCGAUGUUCGAGCCGCGAAGUGCACCGUACCUGCCGAUCGCAGAGCCAUCGAGCAGCAGGUCACGGAGCUGUUUGGGGAAAAAGUUCAGAGUGAUUCGCGGCCAACCGUUGAUGAAGGUGAGGUCCGCAUUCGACACUUUCAUCUUUCUGGUCCGAGAGGAGGUGAUCCUUUAGACUAUUUCAACCAGUAUGUCCGAGGGUCUUUGCGUGAUUUCGUGAUACAGCAGAUCGGGAACGAGCUGCACGUGCCUUAUCGGGUAUGUUUGACUGCUUUCCUUCCCAUGAUCUUCUUCAGUUCCGUGAACAUCUUGGGCUGUGAGAACGUGCAAUGUGAGCGGGCUGUUCGAGCAAGCCACCUGACAUCUGUGGCGCAGUACAUGGCCGUGAUGUCCGUCUGCUGGGCGCUGUGUAUCCUCUUGACUUGUCCUCUGACCUACCCGUGCCUUCUUCGGAUGAUCAAGUUUGGCUUGGCCUAUGGCGAAGGUCCGCUGCAGCUUGCCUGCACGUUUCUUUGCUGCUUGUUGGCCUACAGUUACAGCUACUUUUGCGGAGCUUUGCUUUGGGGCUCCCUCUGUGCGCUGGUGGACCACUACUCGCCAGUUCAGCUUGUGGUUUCCAUUCUCGUCAUCACCUUCUUGGUGAUUCAGAUCAUAUGGGUUUUUGCGACUAAACAUGAUUCUCAGCACGUGCCAGCGUCAUGUCGCUGCAUCCGACGUGAAGUGGUUGCAUAUGAUGCCCUUUCACCUGUUAACUAG